AUGCCGUUAGUUGACUAUAGGUUUUUUGCACGACCGGAAUACAGCACAGUCACUUUUGAUGGGUUGUAUAUCACCCUCAGCGAGCUCAAAAAGCAGAUUAUGGGCCGGGAGAGCCUCGAGGCCACAGACUGGGACCUGCAGAUCACAAAUGCGCAGACUUGUGAAAUAUAUACCGAUGAUGAAGCCCACAUCCCGGGACUCUCCUCCGUGAUUGUAAAGACGUUCAUUGCAAAUCGUAUUUCCAAAGCUGCAGUUAUAUCGCCUACACCGACGGAUGCUCCUCUGUCGAUCGCACAACUCGCCAAGAUGUCUAACCUGGUCGACGCAAAUGCAUCAGAGGAUGACAAGAUCGAAGCCAUGAAGUUGCAGUCAAACUUUUACUAUGCAUCGAUAAAUUAUCCCAAGAAAGCAGUUGGAUCUCCACCCGCUAACUAUAUCUGUUAUCGGUGUGGAAAGGCUGGUCAUUACGUUCGACAGUGCCCCAUGCUGUUGAGUGUGGAGGGACCUAAACCAGUCAGGAUUAGUGAGGGGAUUCCUCAGAGUUUCAUGGUGAAAGCAGAUCCUGGAACCAAAGGAGCCAUGUUAACCAGCACUGGAGAAUAUGCAAUACCUGCAAUAGAUUCGGAAGCGUACACACAAGGAAAGAAGGCGCACCCCCCCUUUGUUCCACAUGACCAGUCAUCACAUGAGAACGAUUCAGGCCCAAUCCCUCAGGAACUCAUGUGUCCAAUCUGCAACGACGUGAUGACAGACGCAGUAGUUAUACCCUGCUGCGGAUACAGUUACUGCGAAAUUUGUAAGUUCUUUCUCGUAUCCGGAUGGCCUUACUGCACCCAUGCCAACAUGCAGAUGUUUCACCCGAUGCUCUCACUCCCAACAACUUUCUUCGACAGGUAA